AUGGAAAGGAUGGUUCGCGUACGAAAGCUCAGUGCCGCUCUCUACGCCUUGACAUGUGUUUGUCUUAUUCUUGCUCUGGUUCUACCUUACUGGGAGUGCGGUGAUCUAUUUGGAAAAUGUAUCCAAGACGAUGAUCCCAAUCGAACUACAAUGUUGGCUGUGGCCUCUCUACUGGUUGUAUCUCUAGUCUUUCUUUUCCCCGUCUUCGUUAUUGACACUGUUAGGCUUUGUACGAAGAGGCUGCCUAAUGGAACAAUUACCGUGCGGUUUUUGUUUAUCUACAUCGGCGCUUCAGCAGCCAUGGCGUCUGUUUUGACCUACACGAGCAUUAUUUCAAAAAAUUGGGCCUACUUUUUGACUAUUUUUGCUGCUGGUAUCGUCUUUGUUGUCCAGAAAUUGGCCAUGAUCUCAUCACGAUGCAUCUCUGAACCUCUUGCCUAA